AAGCUAUGCCUGUCCCAGACCAGCCCUCGUCUUCUGAUAAGGCAAGUUCCCUUAGUCCUGUGUUGAACACGUCCAAUGGCGAUGGCUCUGAAACAGAGACGACCUCUGCAAUUCUCGCUUCAGUUAAAGAACAGGAACUGCAGUUUGAGAGACUGACUCGAGAACUUGAGGCUGAACGUCAGAUUGUAGCAAGCCAACUGGAGAGAUGUAAGCUUGGAUCAGAAACUGGAAGCAUGAGCAGCAUUAGUUCAACAGAAGAGCAAUUUCAUUGGCAAACACAAGAUGGCCAGAAGGACAUAGAAGAUGAACUCACCACUGGUCUGGAGCUGGUGGACUCCUGUAUUAGAUCACUGCAGGAGUCAGGGAUACUUGAUCCACAGGACUAUUCUGCCAGUGAAAGCAGGGUGCAAACACUCUUCCUCUCCCCAGAGUUCCUUACUGAGGCAGAUUACGGCAGCCUAGUUGAGGAAGAGAGACAGCCUUACGCUCUGUUCUGCUAAAGGUUAUGAGGAAGAGUAUGUUGUCUGUCAUGCACGUUCACCAAGCUGAAAACAAACGAAAGAGUUAAUUACUAUACCCAGUUCCAUCUUUUGAAGUUAGUUCACAGUUUUCUCCUGCAUCAUGGUGACUCUGACUUAGUUUCUUGAAUUUGCACUC